AGGCCACAGCUCUUGCUUCCGACCGACGACUCCCCAAAACGGACCACGUCUGCGCCCGCCCCGCCCCGUGACGACACUACCGCGCUGGGAUUGGUCCAUAGGAUAUCCACCUUCUGCGGCCGCUUCAGCGCGUUUCCGCUUCCGCCGCCGCCGCGGCUGCCUCGUUGAUCCCUGAGUGGCGGCGUCUUCGUCUACCUCUCUGCACUAUGUCCGGCGGCCUUCUGAAGGCGCUGCGCAGCGACUCCUACGUGGAGCUGAGCCAGUACCGGGACCAGCACUUCCGGGGUGACAAUGAAGAACAGGAAAAAUUACUGAAGAAGAGCUGUACGUUGUAUGUUGGAAAUCUUUCCUUUUACACAACUGAAGAACAAAUCUAUGAACUUUUCAGUAAAAGUGGCGACAUAAAGAAAAUCAUUAUGGGCCUGGAUAAGAUGAAGAAGACAGCAUGUGGGUUCUGCUUUGUGGAAUACUAUUCAAGAGCAGAUGCAGAAAAUGCCAUGAGGUACAUAAAUGGAACUCGUCUGGAUGACCGGAUCAUUCGCACAGACUGGGACGCAGGCUUUAAGGAGGGCAGGCAGUAUGGCCGUGGGCGAUCUGGGGGCCAGGUACGAGAUGAGUAUCGUCAGGACUAUGACGCUGGGAGAGGAGGCUAUGGAAAACUGGCCCAAAACCAGUGAGUGGUGAGAGCCCCAUCGUGAAAACUCAGUCCUUUGGCCUGUUCAAUUUGCCAUUCAUUACCCAAGGUCUACAAACCUGUCCACUUGUACCAUGCUUUGAUCAAGGUCUCUUCUGAGCUGGAAGCCUUUUCCUGGUUUUCCU